GAAUAGACUAGGUCCCCAGGGGCGAAUGAUGCAACAGCAGCUCCAGACAUCCCCCCAGACCUACUCGACCCUCCAGCCACAACCGCUCGACUACUUGUUCCAUGACUUGGUGCACCCCCAGCCGGCCACCACGGGCAAGCAGCUCUUGUCAUACCUCGCGUACUACAUCCCCACGAUCAAAAACGAGAGAAAUUUGCUGCUUCUUAUGUUUCACACAUUCAGGUCGCCGGUGCUUUUUGGGUUGGCCAGGGGUAACGACAUCGAUCUCGAGAGCGCGUACGGCGUGUGCGAGGUGUUCAAGUUCGCGGUCGAGAAAAAGUUGCAGGUUAGCCAGCCGACACUUCCGGUCGCUCUUUUCUACCAGACGGUGCUCGAGGCGUUGCUCGAGGUCAAACAGCAGGGGAAAUCCAUGUGGAAGCUUGCACCGGUCAUUGCUGGGAUCUUGGCUGCCAACCCGGUGCGCGAUCAGCACCAGAUCCCGGAGCAAACGCGGGGAUUUGCAAGGGUAGACGCCCAGAUGUGCGCUUUGCUCAUUGAAGUGGUGAAUACCACGAUUGCGGGCGCGCGAAAUGCAGGCCACACACCGCCAAACGUCCGUGCGUUAAUGCUUCUUGCAUCCGCUAGUGCUUUCCCUUUGUUGCCUGAAUCUGCACGCGCCAAGUUGCCCCACCAACAAAUCCUCAACGAUACAAUCCGACUUGUUUUCAACGAGGGGUUGCUGAACGGCGAGGUCUUCCGCAACCACGCACCUGAGUUAUUCCUGCUGCUCAUGACUGAAGACAUUGUGGUGAAAAACUUGAACCGUUUGUCGUUUCUCAUCGAAAACUGCUACCUCCAUAUGUCCGGGACCUCGGGCUACUUCCCCGGCGGAAGCCAUGCUAAUAACCCCGCACGCAUCGAGGAAUCGUUAGCCAGAUUGGCAGGGUUCUCCAAGAACUUGAAUUAUGUGGUCGCACUGGGUCCUGGCACCUUUACGGCGGAAGAACUCGUGCUCUUGAAGCAGAUUCUCUUUUCCUACGUGAUUAUGUUCCAGGGCUUGUGCACCCUUGCUCUCACAUUCAAUUCUCAGGCAACCCUUUUGCGUUUUCGCUUCGCUGCAAGCUUUCGCACGGUCUUGAACUGCUUGUUUGACUUGAAUUUUAUCUUGGAAAAGAUUGGCACUGGAGGCUUUGCGGCCUACAACUUUGUCUACUUCACGGCGCUCGAUGGCCUCUUCCAGUUAGACUUGAGGCUGGCCAGUCAGCUUCCAGAGGCGUUUGCCAGUCAGUUGCACGUGAUGAACCACCCAGAGUACACAAUUGUUGACGAAUCGAAGCUUUUGUUCAUGUUGGGCUACAGCGAGCAUCUUGUGAAGCUUACGGCAUCGUCUAGAGCCGUCAAUCGUGUCGCUCGCGUGCUGAUCUUGCCCAUGGCGGAAGGGAUCAUUGUCCAGAAAGCCACUUCUGUGAAGGCCAAGGCGGUGGUUGAGUCUGCUCAUUCGGUGAUUUUGUCACAUAUAGCCGCCACCACCACUGACGUAAUGUCCUUGUCACGCAUUCUCCCGUACCUCAUGGUGGUACUCGACCAGUUUCCGUCCGUGUUAUCCCCAGCGCAGCUCAACAUUGCUGUCGAAACCUUGGCUAAGUCAUUACUAGGUAAUUGCGCCGAUGACUAUGGCGAUUCGCUUUUGCGGUUACUAGCGCAGAGAUGCGCCGCCACCGAGCCGGGGCUUCCGCUUAACCCCUCCUACGCGCAAUCGAUCCUUUCCCACCAGCAGCUCUCCUCAGCCCCAGCGACCGAGUUGCAUAGUAACCCUGUGGUCACAGAGCAGGUCACUAAUGACGGGCAGUUGAACAUUGUCGAGUCUUUGAGCCCGACUAUCAGAUCAUCCUUGGUUACGGCCCUCAUCUUGACCGUGCCGUACAUACCGGAGCACAAGCUUGUUCACUGGCUAGACGAGAUCUGGGUGUUGAUUAUGAGAAGUGAUAAGCGUGAGCAGAAGCUUCUCUCUGAGAGCUUGGGCAACUGUAUCGGCGAGAACUUGGAUUUACACAGGGCUAACACGGCUAUCCAGUGGUGGUUUCAGCGUGCGACCCCGAAGUUGUAGAACUAACAUACUAUAUUGCUCCUUUCCAAUAUAUGGUAAAUGCAUUGGUUUGUCUCAAAAUACUAUUUUUAUUAUCAUUGGGUGGGUAUAUUUAGUUUAAUCAAUGGUACGUACUUACCAUCAAUCACACAGGCUAUAACUGGG